AUGGAUGAAAUAAUUCAGCACUUUGAUGAAAGGAACGAAGAACAUUUAUACCAGGUCCACCCAGAAAUCAUCGAGAUAGAAAGACCAGAUCCAAAAAAGAUGCUUAAGAUUAGAUAUGAAGAUAUCGAAACUCGUCCAUCACGAGACUUCAAACUCAUGACAAAUUUCACUCAACAGGAAUUCAAUGCACUCUACAAAAUUGUACAAACUCCACUAGAGAGACAUCACCUCAGAGAUUCAAUGGUUACACCAAAGGAUAAACUACACAUGGUUUUGAAUUACCUUAAAUACAAUGAACCUCUCAAACCAAUGGCAAAAAAUGUAUGGUAUUACAUAUUCAUAUUUACAUGA